CCCCAUACCAUAUUAAACUCCUUACCACGCUCACCUGGAAAAUUUAUAGGCCUACAUCAUAACAUAUAAUCAGUGUAAUAAGUUAAUUUUCUAAGAAGAGAAUGGAAACAGAAAAUACAGCAGGUGAGCCACUUGAAAAGAAACGGAAGACAGAUGGAGAAGGUUCAACUCCAAAAGUUAAGUGUGAGCCACCUGAGAAAAAAUUGAAGACAGAUGAAGAAGGUUCACCUCUAAAAGUAAAGUGUGAGCCACCUGAAAAUAAAUUAAAGACAGAUGGAGAAGGUUUGCCUCCAAAAGUGAAGUGCGAGUCACCUGAAAAUAAAUUAAAGACAGAUGGAGAAGGUUCACUUCCAAAAGUGAAAUGUGAGCCACCUGAAAAGAAAUUGAAGACAGAUGGAGAAGGUUCACCUCCAAAAGUGGGAGCAACAGAAAAUACAGCAGAGGAAAAUGAGGCUUCUUCUGAUCUAUAUCAGUACACACGGAGAGAAGAAUUUACAUCAGAGAUUUUUAAAAUAGAAAUCACCAAUCUACCGAGAUUUGGUUUUAAGCAAUUGAAGAAAAGACUGAAUGGACUAGAUGUGAAACCAGUUAAAGUGAAGGCUGUAGACACACAUACAUUUGCAUUUGCCACAUUUAGGAAUGAAGAAGAAAGAGAUGAUGCAAUACAGAAGAUUAAAGGACAUGUAUGGAAAGACAGAACAUUAGAUGCCAAGCUAGCCAGUGCUGCAGCAGAUCCAUUCCAGAAGAUAAGAAGUAAAGAAAAUAGAGCUGAAAAGUCAGCCAAGCAAAUAGCUGAAGAACUGUUACCAGUAGAAGAAAGGUUGAAAAAUUCUGUGACACCUUUAUGGAAUGUUCCUUAUGAAGAGCAGCUAAAGACUAAGUUUGAAGAAAUAGAAGAAGCAUUAAAAAAUGUAGCUACACAAACUCUCAAAAAUAUACACUAUGAUAAAAACAAUACUGAUUUGAAAGACUGGAUUACUGGACAAAGAAAACUUCACAACGGGAAAUGCUGUCAAUUAUUACCCAUAAAACCCUCUCCUGUGACAGAAGGGUACAGAAAUAAAUGUGAAUUUACCAUUGGCAAAGAUGUUAACGGGCAAGAAAAAACAGUUGGAUUUAGGUUUGGUAUGUACAAAGAUGGUACUAAUUCAGUAGGAGAACCUUAUGAUUUACUAAUUAUACCAGACAAUAUGAAGAAAGUUGUUAAGUGUUUUCAAGAUUAUAUAAGAAGCAGAUCACUUUCAUCUUAUGACCCUGAAAACCAUCAAGGUUAUUGGAGGUUGUUGACAAUUCGUUCAUGUCUCCUUGGUGAUCUGAUGUUAACAGUAGACUUCCAUCCACAACAGCUGACCAAGACUUCCAUUGAAGAAGAGAAGAAACAGCUACAGGAAUUUUUCACAUCUGGAGAUGGCAAUAACUGUAAUGUUAGCAGUAUUUACUGGAGAACAUACAGUAGUGUGCAAACUGGUUCCCAAGAAGCUGAGUAUGAGCAUGUUAUUGGUAGUAAGUACAUUGAAGAGAAAUUGUUUGAUUUAAAAUUUAGAAUUUCACCAGAUGCUUUCUUUCAAGUUAAUACAUUAGGGGCAGAGGUUCUAUAUAGUCAGGUUGCUGAUUGGUGCAAGGCCUCACCCACCACAACCGUUUUAGAUAUUUGCUGCGGGACUGGUACUAUUGGAAUUUCAAUGGCAAAUAAAGUCGAUCAAGUUAUUGGGAUAGAGUUAUGUGAACAAGCUGUUGAAGAUGCUAAACAGAAUGCAAAAUUAAAUGGUAUAUACAAUUGUAGAUAUCAAUGUGGGAAAGCAGAAGAUUUGAUAACACGUAUCAUGAAAUCAUUACAUACAAAAGAUGUGGUAGCCAUAUUGGAUCCACCACGAGCAGGCAUACAUCCUAAAGUGAUCCAUGCAAUCAGAAAAUGUCCAGUUUUAACCAGAUUAAUAUAUGUGUCAUGUAGUCCAAAAUCAGCUACUAAUAACUUUGUGGAUUUGAUGAAAAACCCAUCCAAGAAGACGAAAGGAAUGCCGUACAAGCCAGUGAAAGCUAUUCCUGUUGAUCUGUUUCCUUAUACUAAACAUUGUGAGAUGGUGAUUUUAUUUGAACGUGAACUUCCAGUAAAUCAGGAACCAGAACAAAACGACAGUUCAUAGAGAUUUUAAUUAAAUACAUGUCAUUUUAAAAUUUGUUUGUAUAAAAUUUAGUAGAAACCAAACCAACUACUGUGGAUUAAUUUAUUAUUCAUGUGAUACCUAUUUUCAUGGAUUUCAUGGGUAUAGGUAGACAACAAAUUUAAAUAUUCAACAAAGUGCACAUUUCAAUAGACUAGGUAUUAAUUCAGACUUUGGUGGAAAAACAAUAAAAUCAAAUUUCCACAAAAAUUUAAUUUUUCCUCAAUCUACGAAAAUUGGUAUUCAAGAAAAUACAUAAAUGCAUGCACAGUACUAUAACUCAAAGGUUGACUGGAUUAUAGAAAAAUGGUAAUAUCUGAACAUCUGAACUUCUCCCAUCUGAGAGAAAUACCAUACCAAAGAGGAGCGUUGGUUUGGCAGUGCAGGGGGUAUGAAUAUGCAGCUACGUUCAGUUGAAAUGGAGAUGUUUAAACUGAUACCUCACUAAUGGAGAGUGUUGAAUUCUCUGCUCAUUAAAAAACCCUUGCAAAAACUCUUUGAGAGUCUGUAGCUGACAUGUUGCAAGCAAAAUUUCUACCCUGAGUCUUUAUACAGGAUCUACAUAUUGAAUUUAUUGUUAAUUUGUUCUAGUCCUAUAUAUGCUUGAAAUAUUUGCCACUGGACAAUAAGCAAACUACAACUAAUCAACAAAAACUCACAAGUGGAGUCAAAAAUCUAAAUCCAGAGGACCAUACAAAGUCUUAGAAAAUGAAAAUAAGAUUGAUUGAUUGAUUAAUCGCUUGGUGUUAAAUGCCACUUUCAGCACUGUUUGCUAUUUUGUGACGACCAGGUUUUAUUGAUUGAGGAAACCGGAAUGCCCAGAGAGAACCAUAGACCUUUGGUAGGAAAACUGACAACCCUAGUCAAUUAAGAUUGGAGUAGAACACACCUGCCAUGUGAGGGAUUCAAACUCACAACCUGGGUGUUGACAGGCUAGUGAUACAGUUGUUGGACUACUUAGACCACUCGACCAUCUAGGCCCCUGAAAAUCAAUAAGUAUAAAAGGGGGAGAGUUGAGAUUUUUUUUAACUAAUUUAAAGUUUCCAUAAAUUCAUCUUUUUGUCCAAGUCAGAAACCUUGUCAGUGGUUGGUUUUUUCAUAAUUUCAUUAUUUUUAGUCAUUAAGGGAAUUUCGGUAAGAUAUUUUCAUUUGUCUUUUGUUGAAUCAUCCUGAACAUGCAUGAAAUACUUGUCACAGGACGUUAAGCAACCAAUAAUAAACAAUCAAUCUAUUGAA